CAGCGGGUGGGCAGCUGGAAGCUGAUAAGCCAACUGCAACUGGCUUCUAGGCAAUGUUGCUGCUGUGCUCUAGGCAGUAAGUCAUUACUAGAAUGAGUGCCAGCAGCAGCAACAGCAGCAGCAGCAGUCGCAGGAGCAGCAAUGUCAGCUGUACGAUUUGUUCGGAGCGGUAUAAAGCGGCAGAUAAAAUCUAUGGCGGCAGCUGUGGACAUGUGUUCCACUGGCAGUGCCUGCAGCGCUGGUGGGAGGAAUCAAACAGUUGCCCCGUUUGUCGCAGCAGUGGCCAGGAGUUCUUUCAGCUUUAUUUAAGCUUUGAGGACUCGGAACAGAGCCAUAGUCAAAUCCAAAGCCGAAGCCAAAAUCAAAGCCAAAGCCAGAAUUCGGGAGCGGGACAAAGGAAUGCUCAAGAUGACUUAACCCAAGACUUUCAAAAUCUACUUUAUGAAUCGGAUUUGUUCCGUGAGGAGAUCGAAUUUUUGAACACACAAAUUUCGUUUUUAAUGGUCAAAUUGGCGCUAAGUAGUGAUAGUAACAGUGACUCAGAAUAAACAA